UCAUUGUGGUAAAAAUGAAGUUUAUCGAGGCCAUCGUAUUUUUUGUGGGCGUUGUAAUCUGCCACGCCCACCACCCGCAUGACAGUCAAGCGAUUCGGUGGAGUGAUCUAAAAGAGUGCAUCGUAGCUUCAGGAUCAGAUCCUUCCGACAUAGUCGAAUACCUGUAUGAUGACUAUCAAAAAUAUACCGAGCUAAAUUAUCAGUGGAAUCUUAUCCAUGAGAGAAAGUACCCUCGUGGAUAUUUUACUGUCAGAAGUGCCGCCGAUGUCCAGUCUGCCGUUCGCUGCGCUACAGAACGAGGGGUCAGGAUUAUUGUCAGGAUUCAGGGGUGGCCACUCUUACGAAGAAUAUUCAUUUGGGGACAACACUACCUUUAUUGUCGAUCUCCGACACAUGUUUGAAAUGUAUGUCAGUCCAGAUCGUUCUUGGUUCAGUAUCGGUGCCGGAGCCCUUCUUGGACAAAUAGCUUAUCCACUGCUGGAACAGUACAACUUACUAACACCUCACGGCACGUGCCCAACCGUCGGUAUUACUGGUUUAGCAACAGGAGGAGGUUACGAGAACAUGUCCAAACUACACGGUCUUACUGUCGAUAACAUUCUCGAAGUCGAAAUAGUUAGUCCGAAUGGGUCCCAGUUAAUCGUCAACGAACAGACCUACCCAGACUUGUUUUGGGCCCUUCGUGGCGCAGGUUCAGAUUCAUUCGGGAUCAUCACGAAACUUACCUUCAAGGCAUACCAGGCACCAGUGUUGGUCACCGCGGGCGAAAUUAUCUACCCAUGAAGCCAGUUUGUAGAGGCGUUUAUCCAGUGGCAACUGCUCGUCAGGGACUAUUUAUCAUCGAGAGACACAAAUACAAAGUUAGCCAUUAAGGACGGUACCGUGGUCGUGGAAGCGUUUGACAUUCAGGUUGGGACAUGUACCAUCGAUGUUGGGGUAUUCUAAGCUAAAAUCUAUGUAAAAAAUAUUGAAAUAUUGAAAAAUAAGUUCGAUAUACUUCGAUAUUUCGAGAUCUCGAAAAUUCGAGAUCCCAUUUAAACCCCAUGUUAAAAUAUCGAAAUAUCGAAGUAACGAACUAAAUUCGAUUUUACAUGCCCUAAUUAAGGAAUCAGAUGACAAUGCGGCAGAAGCAAUACAACGAGUUAAUCACAUCCUUAACAAAUUUCCUACCACGUCGUUAAACACCACAUCUGUCAUUGCCGAUAGAUACGUUGACUUUAUAUUUCGCGCGUCACAUCCGAACGAUGUUGGCAUUGAGGAUCCGAGCCAGCUCCCGAAUGUGACAAGGGAGAUGUUUACUUGGCGUAAUUUCCACGCAAAGUAGUUCUUUGUUAGUAACCUAAUCGAGAUUGCGGAUGCUUUAAGACUGUACAACCUCCUUGUCGAGACGCUAGACGAGUUCCAAGACAUCAUCAUAGAAAUGUAUGCGUUCGGCGGUGCGAUCAAUGACAUGACCCCUCUCGACACGUCGUUCAACCAUCGGAACGGAAUCUUGUACUUGGUCCAAGCCUUCCACAAUGGAAAGGCCACGCUGAACCCGUACCAUCCCUCGUUAGACUGGCUGACGAGAUUUUAUGAAUGGACCAAACUUGUCUUUCACCAUACGGAAUCCUAUCAGAAUUAUGCGGAUGGAACGAUGCCCGACUACUUGGAGCGGUACUACGGUUCAAACCUGGAUGGAUUAAAAGAGAUAAAGAGAAAAUAUGACCCCCAAAAUAUUUUUUGGCAUCCGCAGUCAAUCCCGGUAUAAUUUGUAUUUUCACAAACACAAU